AUGGUGAAUGAAGAAAAAAGUGAUAAUGAUAACAUCGCGAAUUGCAAUGUUAAUCACUGUAUUCAAAACAUACGUUCUCGUAAACGAAAGAAAACAAAACCGAAAUCAAAAAGAUUUGCUUGUCGACAAACCCGGAAAAGGAGACGUGAAGAAUUGACAGCCGCAUCGAAUUCAACAGUAGAAGCAGACGAAGCAGAAGAAGUUAUCGAAGAAUACUAUCCACAGGAUCUGGAUGGAGUAGAUGAUCAUUGUGGAGAACAGGAGGAAAUGGAUAUAACAGAAAGUAACAUUCCUUUUUAUAAUAAUCAUUUAAUUAAUUUAAGUAAUAGUAAUAAUCUUAAUCAAACAGUAACUCGUGAACCGGCGAGUUUUGUGUGUAACUCAAGCCAAGUAUAUUCUGAGAAAUCAGAGGAAAGGAGUAGUCAAGAAUCUACGGGUCUUGGUGCAUCCGAACUUGUUUUAUUUGAUAAAAGCAAUCAAGUUACACAUGCAGUCAUUAAAAGUCAAAAUAAUUUGAAUAAUAUUAGUAUCGCUAAUGAUAAUCAAGUAUAUUCUGAGCAAUCAGAAAAAAGGAGUAGUCAAGAACCUACGGGUGUUGAUGAAUCCAAACUUGAAUCAGUCGAUGAAAGCGACAAGAUUUCACGUGCAUGCAAUUUGACUAAUAGUAGUUCGAGUAACCUCAAUAUAGUUACUAAUAAUGAUCAAGUUUGUUUUGAACAAUCAGAAGAAUUGAUUAGUCAAGAAUCUACGGAUCUUGAUGAAUCCAAACUCGAUUUAUUUCAUGAUAGCAAUACAGUUUCUCAUAAAAAAGAGAACAGUCCCGAUCGAGUAAGUCUAGGUAACUCCGAGAGUAGUAUAUCUGGGAUUAAUAUUAAUGAUCGUGAAGACUCCGAACAAUCAGAGAUAUCAAGUGAUUCUGAGUUUACAGAUUCUGAUAAAUUUGGGCAUGACAAAGCCAAUGAUGAUAUAUUUUCUGAAUAUUCUUUUUCAUCCAGCGUUUCCGAUCAUGAUGAUGUUGAAUUUGAAUCAAAUUUUGUUGAUAAUGAUUCGGAUAAUGAUUUGGAACAAGAAUCUGAAAAGUCUCCAGAAAAUUCAUCAUCCCCAUUGCAAAAUUGUGAUUCCCAUAACGAUGCCCAAAAUAACACUGAAGCAUCAUCUUCCGAAAAACCAACAGACAUUGAGUCUAUUAUAAGCGGUUGUCGAAUAGUUGAACUCGCUCAUUUUAUAAAAGAGUUUACAAAGUUAGGUGAUUCUAAGAAUCAUCUACCUAAUUGUGCUAGACAAGGGGAAAACUUCCAUUGUUUUAGAAAGUUAGAUGUCGGCUUAAAUACUUUAUUGUACUGGAAGUGUCUCGAAUGUAAAAUGAUUGCUACAUUUUGGACAAAUCCAGUAAAACAAGAAAAUAAAUUCGAUAUCAAUGAAACUGCCGCCAUAAGCGUUAUUGGUUCUGCAAGUUCUUUCGCAGCAUUUCAGACUAUUUUGGCUGUGUUUAAUAUACCGUGCAUUACAAAUAAAACUUACGAAAAACAUCGAAAGAAACUAGUUGAACCUCUUCGAAACGUUCUUGCUGAAGAAAUGCAUAAAAAUGCCUUAGAAGAAGCCCAAAUUGCCAUCAAAAAUGGUGAUGUUACCCCCGAUGGUAUUCCUCUCGUAAAAGUUAUAACUGAUGGCGUCUAUGAUAAACGAAGUUAUAGAGGAGGCAAACACGAUUCUCUUGGAGCUUCAGUUGCAGUUAUUGGUUGCGCUACUCAGAAAGUUAUUGAUGUCGAAGUAGUUAAUAAAUAUUGUUAUACUUGCCGUGUCCAUCAAAACCGUAAUUGUGAGCCGCCAGCUCAUAAAUGCUUCAUGAAUUACGAUAGAAAAAAAAGCUCCUCAAGCAUGGAACCACAUGCGACAGCUAUAUUAUUCAAUCGUAGUUUAAAACUUCAUGGAAUAAUUUAUUCUGUCAUGGUUUCUGAUGAUGAUAGUUCUACGUUAAAAGUAGUGAAGGAAUCGAAGCCUUAUGAGAAGUAUAAUAUUGAAGUAGAGAGAAUCAAGUGUUCUUUUCAUAUAUUUCGUUCCGUAGGAACAAAAAUUAGAGAAGCCGCAAAAGCUCGAGUUCCGAAUCGACGAGUUCCUGCUGCUGUACGCAAUAGAAUAAAAUACAGUGGAUUAAAAAUUCGUCGGACAAUUACAGCGGAUAUUGAGCGUUUAAGAAAAGAUUUUGAAUCUGAAAGUCUUUCAAAAGCAGAAAAACAGAAAAUUUUUGAAGAAAAUACAGAAGUAUUGCGAAAAAAUAUACUACUUGCUCCUUUACAUGUUUUUGGCGACCAUGCUCAGUGUCCUACUGAAUGGUCGUGUGAUAAAUCUAAAUCAAAUCAUUUACCCAAAAUAAAAGAAUAUGGUUUAUAUUCGCGUAUUGAAAAAAUCAUCACUGAUCUGAGUCAAAAUGCCAUACAUUUAUUACAUUUUCUAAAUACUAAUAAAAUUGAGCAAUAUCAUGGAGUGUUAGCAAAAUACUUCUCUGGUAAAAGAAUUCAAUACGGUGGUGCCGAUGAAUUUCAUGACAGAGUUUACAUGGGCACUCUUGACCAAAUUACUUCCGGUGCUCACUUGUCAACAUUCUAUAAAUUUGUCAAAAAAAGUGUUCCUGAAAGAAUUGUAAAAUUGGAAAAAGAACGAAAUUCUCAAAGGCAGAUUAAUACAAAGUGUCGUGAAAUUAACAAACAACAGAAAAAAAAUAGGCGUACGUAUCAUGGUCCUGAUAAAGAUUAUGGUUCCAAUGCAGCUCAGCCUGAUCUUUGUGAAACAGACCCUGUUAACUAUCAGCAAUACAAAGAAGAUCAUCAUGACAAGCUCCGUGAACGUCAAAGAAAUCGAAAUAGUCUUGAAGUUGAAACGAGAAAUCAUCCAUUCGGAGUACCACACGGUUAUGAAAAAGACAUGAUUCCUUCUUACAUGUUUGGCAAAAUUUGCCGUAUGUUGGAAACGACUUCAUGCAUACCAGUCAUCAAUGAUAUAUAUAAUCCUGUCAUGUAUGAUGACGAUGUAUUGCUAUCUAUGGAAAACCAUAGAGUGAAAGCUCUCCAAUUAUUAGAAUCCAAAAUCAGUCAUAAAAUUGAACGUUGUGGUAUAUUUGUUUCUGAUGAUGUAGAAAGUUUCUAUUUAUGCGCAAGGCCUGACGGACUUGUUAAUGAUGAUUCGAUAGUUAUUGUUGUUAAUCUAUCUGAUGAUGAGCAAAUUGACGUUGAAACAGCAUUGAAAAAUAAUCGGAAUAUGAAUAAUUUAUUCGAUAAAAAAGCUGCCAACAACAUCAACAAAAAUCAUCCGAUUUAUUACAUAAUCCAAGGUCAGCUUCAUGUAACUAACAGACAAUUUUGUUAUUUUGCUGUUUUCACACCAAAUCAUUUAAAAAUUUCUGAAUUAGUUAGUAAAGAUGAUGAUUUUUGGGAGAAUAAAAUAAAGAAUAAGUUGAAUAAAUUUUACUAUUCAGCUUUAAUUGAUGAAAUUGUUGACAGCAGAUUAGCACGAAGUAUGCCUAUCCGUGAAGCUGCAUUUACUAUAGAAGCUAGGGCAAAAAAGAGUCAAAAAGAUGCUGAUAAAUUAGCAAAAAAAGCAAAACAACCGAGUGAUGCUCAAAAUGGUUCUGUAAAUUCAUCAACUAGUGAUCACGAUGAAGAGACUCUCAAUAAUUAUCGAGCUUUAGUAGUAAACCGACCAAUUGAAGAUUUUGCAGAUAAUAUUCUAGAAGACAAAAUUUUUUUGGAUGACCUUUCUAUUUCUCGAUUUGUAUUGUUGUUAGAAGAGAAAAAUUUCACGACUGAUUUCCCAGUAACUGCUGUGAACCCUUUGAAACAAUCAACUUCGAGUAAUGAUUUAGUGAUCAUCGGUGGAGAACACAAUUUCCUACAUUGGAGUUGUUUGUACUUUGAUGGACACUAUGUUGCUAUUUAUGAUAGCUUGAACAGAAGCUUUGACGACUUGUCUGAUUUCGAAAAGAAAUAUCUGCAAGUCCGAUAUCCACACCAGUUAAAAGAGAAAAAAGUUAUUUUGAAAUUGGUAACUCAACAGCCUGAUGGUAGUGACAGGAGUUUCAACGAGUCUAGUUUUAGUCUGAGUGCACUUCACAGGUAA